CAACAAGAAUGGUCGUCGUGGGAUGACGACUACAUUCGCCACAGGUGGUUCUGAUAGUGAGCAAAAGAAUUCCUCUUCAACGUACACAAAGCAGAGUACCAAGUGGGCUUGGCGACAGAGUCAGACGCUGAGAAAAACAACUGCCUACCAGAUCGUCGAUGAAAGCAACAGUUUAAUCUAUGACACGGAAACGAAAAUCGGCGUCAUUCCCGAAGUCGAGUACUGUGAUGGCUACAGUCGCGUUACCCACUUAGAAGAGUCAGAUUUCUCCAGCGACGACGCACCAACUGGUAAAAACAGCUACAAGAACAGUCAACACAGUCAGCAUAACAGUGUGGUUUGUUCUUCCAAGAACAGCUACAACAUUGAGGGUUCCACCACUUCUUCACACCUAGCUCUCUGUACUCUACCAAAAGGAGCGGC